AUGCGCAUUCGGCGUUUCGGCUGGAAACUUCUUGGCUGGAGUGUUUUGCUGAGAGGAAAAGAGACCGAUGAGUGGGUAUGGACGGACGAGCAACAGAGGGUGUUCGACAAUUUGAAAGGUUACUUGGCAAAACCUCCGGUUAUGACUCCUCCAAAGCCGAAUAAGCCUUUGUUGCUAUACCUAUCGGCUGCACACGAAUCCCUGGGAUGUAUGCUCGCCCAAGAGGACGAUGGGAUCGAGAGAGCAGUUUACUAUUUGAGCCGAGGACUGACGGACACGGAAAUUGGUUAUACCGACAUAGAAAAAAUGUGUCUAUGUCUGUACUUCACGUGUUGUAAGCUGCGAUACUAUAUGUUGCCGGUCGUAGUGUAUGUUUUGUCGCAGACCGAUAUCAUUAAGUACAUCUUAUCAAAACCAUACUUAAGGAAUCGGAUUGGAAAAUGGGCGAUUGCAAUGUCCGAAUUCACAUUGGUGUAUGUUCCCCAAAGAGCAGUAAAAGGACAAGUGUUGGCAGACUUCUUGGCCGAUCACCCUGGUAUUACCCUCAAGGAAGAAACAGUCACGUUCUUCGACAUCGCCGUGUGGAAGAUGUGGUUCGACGGAUCCAGGACAAGCCAGGGGGCAGGCGCGGGAGUACACAUCGUCACGCCCUUGGGGGCAUCCUACCAAUUGUCAUUCAGACUCCAGUUCGAGUGCACCAACAAUCAGGCAGAAUAUGAGGCCCUCAUAUUCGGUUUUGAGAUUUUAGCCGAGCUAGGGGCAAGGGCGAUCAGUGUAAAAGGAGAUUCUUUGCUAGUCAUUAAACAAGUGACAGGAGAAUUCAAAUGCGAGUCCGAGCUGUUGAUAAGGUAUUGCAACAAGGCGAAACACCUGAUCGAAGGCUUUCAGGAUACGAGGAUAGAAUACACAGAGAGGGCCGAUAACGGCGUUGCAAACGACCUAGCUCAGCACGGUAGUGGUUACAAGGUAAACCGAGAGUUCGACGCCAUAAAGAGGGAAACACCGAAUCUCCACACCGGGGGCAUCACGAUCGACGAAAUACAAUUCUCGGUUUACCAGCGGGACGUCACCCAAGAUUGGAGGGACGAGCUCCUUAAGUGGUUCGAAAAACCAGACGCCACGAAUAGGAGGUUGAGGACUUUAGCCCUUAAUUACGUUGUCUGA